ACGGUUUGCAACCAUCAGUCCCGAACCAGGCUCUUCUCCGCGCGAUACUUAAGACAAAGAGUGCCCUUGGCCAUUUCUCCGCCGUCCUCCUCCUGCACUGGCCACACGCGGUUACAAGCGCCCCCUCAUCCGUCACGAUAAUCCUCUCGCAUUCAUACUAGUCAUCAGUUAUGGGUAACUUUCACAGCAGACGCUGCAAUGACGAAGCCGGUUAUCGUGGAAAGCGCUGGUUCGGCUCGAAGCCAGCCAUCCAACUACCACCCGACGAGCCUUUCGCCCCUCUUAUAGAAGAUGUGGCACCAUGGGUUAAUGGCCAUAAAGUAUUCGUAAUGGAUGAAGAUGGCGAAGGCGCGUUUGUCGAACGUCACAGUCUAAGCUGAGCUAGCCACUGUGUUCAUUCGGUUUACUAGCGGUAUUUGCCCAUGAACAGUUUGACUGUGCUAUCGCUAAGUUAUGAUGGGAGUAGCUUAUCGGACACUCCCUUUCACCUUCACUCGUAUUUAUUAUCACGAUCGCUCCGAAUAUUUAAAUGGUCCAUUGUUUCAGCAGUUGAGCCGAGUCAACCUGCUCAGCGACGUAAUCAUGGACCAAGUUAGGAUGUCCCUUAAAACGUGCUUAGUGUGUUCAUUGGAAGAGCACAGAAGGUGCACAAAUUAAUGCAAUACAUGUGGC